AUGGCCCCCCACGCUUGUUUGAUGUGCAAGAAAAACAAGCGACGAUGCAACAAGAGCCUUCCUAGAUGCAGUUCAUGUCUUAAGGCAGGGCGAAUUUGUGAUUAUUCCGAUCCUUCACAAUUAUCUCCUGCGGAUGGAAUCAGGGAGUUGCGUAGCCGAGUCCAACAGCUGGAAGCGCGUGUGCUGGCUUCGUCGAAUCCAACACUAUGCGGUGCUUCCUCCAUAACAGGUAUGCCCAGCGCUCACCCCAAUACAGACCCACCCCAUUCUUCAGAGCUGUCCACGCAGGCCUACUACCUUGACUCUGAUCUCUGGUCCUCGUUCAACUCCACCACUCAUGGCAAGGACAUUCCUAUCCCAGAAGACGUAUCUACAGCUCUUGGAACCCAUGCGGACAUGGACAGUGCGAUCUCCCACUACUUCGAGACUGUACAUGUCUGGAUGCCUAUAAUCAGUAAGAUUAGACUAGAACGGGUCAUCCAGCAAACACAGGGAGCCAUGAAAGCGGAUGUUUCCUUGCUUUUACUAUGCAUGAAGCUUGUUUGCGGGGUUACGCCCCAGCUCUAUACCGCAGCAAAGCGCUUUAGCAGAGAACUAGAGAUGGGCGGGCUCUACACUUUACGUAUUGUUCAGGCUGGCGUGUUGCUUUCUGUGUAUGAAAUGGGCCACGCCAUUUUUCCCGCGGCAUUCGGCACCAUUGGCAACUGUGCGAGGCAAGGAGUUGCACUUGGUAUACACAACAAGUUAGCCUCUCAGCUAAUAGGCAAACCGCGCGGCUGGGUGGACUGGGAAGAAAGGCAGCGUGUAUGGUGGAUGAUUGUAAUUCUUGACAGAUACAUUACAGUUGGAUCCGAUUAUCGACCAUUAUGCACUGACGAUCCUUCCAAGGACACGCUUCUACCUGCGGAUGACAGUGCCUGGGAUAGUGGCGAGAUGAUGACCCCUGAACGAGUCUCUCUAUCUUCACAGAGUACUAAUCCAGUCAGCCCAUUUGCACGGUUGGCACAGGCGUCAAAUCUCCUUGGCCGCGUGAUUAGGCAUUGCAACGAUACAACGUUGGAGCUAAACUAUGUCCUGGAUGAUUUUGAAGCCCUGUGUCAGACAAUAUCUUCUCUUCUAGAACUUCUCUCUGCAGACGGCUUCAAUGGAUCAAUGGAGACAAGCAUUGUAGCUAGCAUAUGCUAUAGCGCGCUGUUUAAACUCGCUAAUCAUCACUCCUGCGACAUGUUCAAUGAAGCGGGUGAAUAUCUGGAGCUCGACGCAGCCCCGCGUGUCCAUGAAUGCACACGGCGAAGUCUUCAAAUGACAAAGGAUACAUGCGAACGCGUCGUAUCUCUUAUUCAAGAUCUUUCGGGGCGGCUUACACGUAUCGCCUUGGAGAGCGUUUCGCCAUUGAUGCUUCAAUGUGUCUAUAGUUGUGCUUCCAACCUAGCCUGGAUGGCGCGCGAGACGAAUGAUAUGCAAUACACUGCAGGAAAGCACCUAUGUGAAGACAUGCUGAGAGCUAUGAGUGUCCGGUGGAGGGUAGCUGGUGUCUACUUAGAGCUACUCCGGUUUGAUGAUAAGAUGCAGGAAGAGAGCCAUUGA